GAGAAAUCAAAACACCGUGGAGAGAGAAAGAACUGAAAAUAAAAGGCGGGCUAAAUUUCUUAGAGAGAGAGAGAGUCUCCUCUCUCCUCAAUGGAAGGCGGCGAUCAGGGUCUCUCUUCCGCCACCGCCGCCGCUUCAACCGCCGCCGACCUCACCGCCUCGCCUCCUCUCCUCGUUGAUCCUGUUAGUGGUCCCGAUCCCGCUGCUGGCCUGGACGAUGUUUCGGAACCCGAAAUUCAUGCUCUGAUUUCAGACGAAGAGCACGACCACGACCAUGAGCUCGAUCACGAUCACGAGCAUGACCACCACGACGAGGACCAGGACCGCGAUCACGCGGCUGUGACUGGUGUCUCCUUGGAUGAUCUCAAGCUCAAGAUCAUUAAGCAGGUGGAGUAUUAUUUCAGCGAUGAAAAUCUGCCCAAUGAUAGGUAUCUGUUGGGUUUCGUCAAGAGGAACAAGGAAGGGUUUGUUCCAGUAUCAGUAAUUGCUUCAUUUAGAAAAAUGAAGAAGCUCACUCGAGAUCAUUCAUUUCUUGUUGCUGCACUGAAGGAAUCUUCACUGCUUGUUCUGAGUGGUGAUGGGAAAAGGGUUAAGCGGCUCAAUCCACUUCGUUUCAAUGAAGUUAAAGAUCAUAAGUUAUACACUGUUUUGGUAGAGAAUUUGCCAGAGGACCAUACAAAGGAGAACAUUCAGCAAAUAUUCCAAGAAGCUGGAAAUAUAAAGAGGAUAAGCAUUCGUGACCCACGUUCUACUGCAGAGUCUGCAAAACAUAUCAAGCAAGAAAUGUUCAUUAGUAGUAAGUUACAUGCUCUUGUGGAAUAUGAGACUAUUGAGGCUGCUGAGAAAGCUGUGGUUAUGUUAAAUGAUGAACAAGACUGGAGAAAUGGCAUGCGAGUUAAACUUCUCAAACGAAUGGGGAAGUAUGGGCACAAAAAACAGGCUUGGAAGGGAUCUAAUUCUGAGAAGAAUAGCUCAAGCCAUGUAUCUGAACAAACGGGAGAUGAGGAGAAUCAUAGCUCAAAUGAGCACCAUGAAGAUACACUUGACGAGGAGGAUGGGGGAGAGCAUUUGUCGAAGGAUAAAAGUGGGCAGAGGUAUAGAAAUCAAGGAAGAUCAAGAAAACAUAAAUAUCGAGCCGUUAAUGGAAUGGGCCAUGGAAGUACAUCAUCUACUCAUACUGCCGAAGCAUCGAAGCCACCUCCUGGACCAAGAAUGCCUGAUGGAACCAGGGGCUUCGCAAUUGGACGUGGUCGGCCUCCUGUCCCUACAUCGAAUUAGCAAGAUUUGGCACCACACAUAUAAAGGAUUGUAUUUUACAGUAUUUUGUCAGUUGUUUUAGUGAUAUACUAGUUUAAGCUUGAGUCCCCCGAUGUGUCUUUGCUUGAGUCAACAAACAUUCAAGGGUUUGAUGGACUGUUAAAUUUGCUGGCUCAAGCUUGUGAAAGCGAGCGUUGGUGGUAGAGGACAUAACCAUUUUCAGAAUAUUUGGCUGGGAAAGAUAAAACUAUAUUUCCUCACCUUGCGAGGAGUUUGUGUAACAAAAUAUCGCUAUGAGAAAUCUGUUAAUGGGGAUGAAAGCUAUGAGUCCCAUAAUGAAUGAAAUUUUCUUGGUUGACAUUAU